CACGCUUCCUGCGGAAAAAGUUUUUGUGCCACUGUCCAAACAACUGACCCGAGCAAAUCAUAUGACCACGCGAAGCACGUGACCGACCGUGUAUUUACAACCGAACGGUACAGUGACAAAUUUCCUGGCAAAGGCGGUCGCGAUCUCCCGGAGUUCCGACUUUUUUUCGCCCCAAUUUUAUUAAAGAAAAGAGGUCGUUUUUCCUGUUCUUUUCGUUUUUUAAAUGCUGGCCGAAUGUUUUCGUGAUUCGCUCUUAUGGCAUUACUUAACAGGCUGUUCCUGUCGCGAAAACGAACCUACAAGCAUCAGGAUAACGUACGCGAAAAAUUAUUCCACUUCAACAAUGAACAAGUCAGAGUGGUGUUAUUCCGUGAAUGCGACUUCAGAGGUAGAAAAUUGUUGUUUGAUUCCCAAGCGGUUGAUAAAGUCCCAUUGGGUCCACAACAAAAUGGAUACACCACGCAGACGAUUUCCCUCACGGACGAAGAGAAAAAAGCGAAAUUCGCCGAAAUAUCCAACGGACAUGGAUACUCGUACGCGAAACCUCACUCGGACGUUCAACAACUCGGCGAGAUGAUCUUCGGCUCGGUCGCCAUGAGUUAUCGGGGAACUUCCUACAAAAUCCAUAGUCUCAAUUCACCGGCGAGUAUCAUGUGCACCCAGGUUUUUCCUUGUCCACGACCGUCCCAUACCGUUAAAAAUCUGAGGAAUUCCGCGCCCGGAAGGACUUGUAUUGAAAAUGGGACAGCUUCUUUACAUAAUCUUGAUCAUUCCAUUAGGUUAGAAGAUUCGAGCACCAGUUGUACUACUUCGUUUAGUGAUCAAUCUGUUCAUAGCACUGCUUCAGAUACUUUAUUAGUUUGUAGAAGGACACGUAGUUCACCACUGGAUGUUCCAAAUCUUGGAUGCACUGCCGGUUCAACCAUUCCAAAUACUAGCUUGAUUGGGGAUUCUGGUUUUUGUGGAGCUCAAUCUUUCGAGGGUCCUAAAUCUGUUCCAAUGUGGAGUUUACCAAAAAAUGAUACAGUUUCAUUUUCUUGUGGAAGUUUAUACCGGCGUUGGUUGAGGAGUACAAGCACUUCAUUAGAAUACUCAGGGACAUCAUUAACUGGUUCGGGAUCUAUUGAAGAUUGUUGCACUAAAUCAUAUCCGCGACCAAAAAAAUUAGGUUUGGCAAUUAUUAUUCAAUAUGGACAAAAUCAACAAGAUAAUUUAGAAAAAUACCUUUUAGAACACUCCGUUCUAAUCGAAGCGAUGGUUUGGCGUUUAAGGCAUAGCGCAGAAAUCGCUUACAUCCGCCACACCCAUUUCCUAUCGAUAAUGCUGGAUGUAACAGCUUCUACAUGCAGUUGGUUAACAUCUUUCCUAUCAGGACCACAAUUAUCUUCACACGCGUGGCAAGCGCUCUCUUCAGCCUGUGAUAAUAGCUUCAGUAUUAAUGAUGAUAGCUUUAAAGUUUCGGAAUCGAGUAGUGCUUCGCAAGAAUCUUUGGACUCAAUUAAAACGAACGAUUUUGUGUUUUUAAAUUUAUCACGUUUUUUUACCGGGGGUGAUUCAAAAAGGACGUCUGAAUGUAAUAAGAGAAAUGAUGUUGCACAAAAAUUUAUUAAAGAAUUGUGCGAAUUACUUGAAAGUCUUGAUAUAAAAAAUACAAAUUUUUUUAUAAGUACUUUGAUAACGGCUGUAUUAACACAUCAUUUGGGUUGGGUUGCUACAGCUUGGAGAUCCACGGAAAGUGAUAAAGAAGUUUUUAAGAAGUUGGAACAAACGGGUAAUCCUUUGUGGGGACAAUUAAAUGAUUUAUAUGGCGCUGUUGGUCAUCCAACAAAAAUGGCUCAUACUGUGAUAACCGGCUCGAACAAUUCAGAAAUAAUAACAAAAAUAUUAAGUUCACUAACAUAUUUUAUUCGUUGUAAUGACGUGUUAAGACAGUGUGCUACACGUGAAAAUAUUGAAGAAGAAAAUGAAACCGUCGAUGAAAUUUGCAAAGAAAAAAAUUGUAUUCCAAAAGAAAAUUUUAAAAAGUAUGAAGAUCAUCUAAAAGAAAUUGCAAUCGAAGAUGGAACGUUUAACAAAAAUAGUAACCAAACAAAAUUAGAAUUAAUUUUUCCAAAAAGAAGAAAAAACUCCACCAAACCUGAGUCAAAUCCUGAAAUUGAUAGAUUAAAUCCUUUACUUGAUUUUAAAAAAGAAAAACCUAUGAUUAAAAGUACAAGCUGUUUAACUGAUUUAAGUAAAAUGUGUAGUGAUUUUGACAAUAAUAAUUUAUUUCCUGAAAGAAAUUCAUUUCAAACUUUAAAGAAAAUACCAAGUAUUUCCGAAUUUAACGAAUCAACAAAAAUUAACACACCACCACAAGAUACUCCACCAGAAAUUAUUAAUUUUAACAAUAAAAAUGACGAAAACGAUGUCGUUUUUAUUUUGGGCGACGAUGACAAAUUGGUCGGAUUAAAAAAAGAUAUAAAAUCCAGGAAAACAUCACGCGAAAAUAUCCAAGAUGAAGAAAACGAUAAAGCAUCAAUUAAACCCAGCACUUCUUGGAAUCAUUUAAACGGGGCGAUUUCAAAACAAAACCGAUCGACAUCACGAGCUAAAAGUGAACCUCCUGAAGAUAUAAAACCGAACGAUCACACAACUCAACCGCGUUAUUCAGUUAAAUUCAAUUUUAAACAACAUCAACAGAUUUUUACCAAUUAUAUGAAAAGUAAAAACAUUGAGCUUUCAAAUUUAAGGUUUUCCGAAAAAGUGACGACUUAUAACGGGGAAUUAUCGUCGAAUUUUGAUUUUUCCACUUAUCGAGAUGAUGAUGAUACAGUUGAAGCUUUACAAACGCCAUCUAACGCGUCUGAAUUAGAAUUUAUUAGUGAAAUUCAAGAUUUUGAUAAAGUUGAGGUUCAAUCUGCGAAAGAAAGUUAUGAAGAAAGGAAGCCAAAAAAAUUUAUUAGACAAAAAUUAACAAAUACGGUUAUUAAUGAACCGAUUUUACGAUAUUGUGGUGGAGGGAGUAGAAAAGAAAGUAGGGAAGAUGAAUAUUUCGAUUUUAUGAAUAUUAUCGAAUUACCACUACCUAGAUCGAUUAUAACAAAAUCUUUCAUUACUAUUGGGUAUACAAGUUCGUUAUUUCGGGGAAUUAGCGAUAAAUAUACUUCUGAUAUGGUUUUACAAGGGAUAAGUUCGCCAAAAAAUAAUUGGGAAACGACGCUUCGUAAAGAUUUAUCUUUAGCGGUGCGACAUCCACUUUUAGAUCAACCAAUUGAAGAAGCUGUAGCGAUCAUAGCUAACACAGAUUCAUGGGAAGUACAACUAAUGUCAAGUCAUACUUAUGUAAUUGAUAAAGGUACAUCUGGAGUACGAAUUGGAAUGUCACAAUUAGUAGCAAAUAUGUUAGAACAAUUACUACAAAUGUGGAAAUUACAAGCGCCUGCAGAACAUUGUUUAAUGCAUAUUGAAGAAAGACUCCAAGAAGUGUGUUUGCGAUCGAAAGCCUUGGCCGAAAUGCUUUUAGAAACGGAUUUUUGUAGUAUUGAAUUACUGACAUCUACUUUACAAUUGGAGGUGAAUGAUAUACCGCUUUUGAUGGCCGUAGCUUCAACACAUUCGCCACAAAUAACACAAAAAUAUGGGCUGAGCUUUCAGUGAUAAAUUAUUUGAAUAGUUUUUAAGACUUUUUUUUAUACCGGUUACAUUAGCUUUUAGGAUUUAAUUUGUUUUUUUUUAUACUUUCUUAAUGAUUAUUAAAUUGUGGGAAAAGCAUUUAUUCGUCUUCAAAAAAAGAAAAAUGUUUAUUUUACAUUUUCUAUACGAAUAAAUUAUUUUUAAUCCUUUAAAA